CAUCCAGAACAAAUUAUUAUUUUAGUAAUGGAAUUUUCAAAAAAAAUUUUGAGUACGCUUAGACACAAGGUUACAUUAGUUUCAGGUGCACAACAUAGUGAUUCCACAGAUUUAUACAUGAUGUUGUGUUUACCACAAGUGUAUGUAGCCAGGAAUUUUUUUUUUUCCCCCCAAUAAAAGUAAGUACAAAUUCACCUCACAUUUGUGUGGAAGAAUUUGAUGAAAAGAGUGCGGAAAUCAAAUGAAAUCAGCGUCUUUAAAAGAUGAAUUCAGCUUCAUGUUUAUAUUAACCAGGCUGAUCUUGAGAGGUGUCGGUGACUUUUGGACAUUUUAAAGACAGAAUUUCUCUGUGAUUGUUCCUUGGUUCCCACGUGGCGCUGGCUCCUAGAACACAGCGUCGGUGAGGAACGCCGGGAAGUGACGGCGGGCUGGCCGCGCACACGCAGCGCGGGGGUCCUGCGAACGCGCGGAGAGGCGUGCGAAGGACACGCGGCCGCAUAGAGGCGGCGGGCAGCCCGCGGGUCUGGCACGAAUGCCCUCGAGAGCACGCAGUCACACGCGGCUCUUUUCAGUCAAGGGAAACCAAACCACAGCCACCCAAGCAAGUGCACACAGGCUGCGUGAUAAGCCCGUCAGCGGGGCGUUUUCUGAAGUGGUCUUAGCUGAAGAGAAGGCGAGUGGCAGGCUCUUUGCGGUGAAGUGCAUCCCGAAGAAGGCGCUGAAAGGCAAGGAAAGCAGCAUAGAGAACGAGAUAGCAGUUCUGAGAAAGAUCAAGCAUGAAAACAUCGUUGCCCUGGAAGACAUUUACGAAAGCCCAAAUCACUUGUACUUGGUCAUGCAGCUCGUAUCCGGUGGAGAGCUGUUUGAUCGGAUAGUGGAGAAAGGAUUUUACACAGAGAAAGAUGCCAGCACCCUCAUCCGCCAGGUCUUGGAUGCCGUCUACUAUCUCCAUAGAAUGGGCAUUGUCCACAGGGACCUCAAGCCUGAAAACCUCUUGUACUACAGUCAAGACGAGGAAUCGAAAAUAAUGAUCAGUGACUUUGGACUGUCAAAAAUGGAGGGCAAAGGAGAUGUGAUGUCCACAGCCUGUGGCACCCCGGGCUAUGUUGCUCCUGAGGUCCUGGCCCAGAAACCGUACAGCAAAGCUGUGGACUGCUGGUCCAUCGGGGUGAUUGCCUAUAUCUUGCUCUGUGGCUACCCUCCCUUUUACGAUGAAAAUGACUCCAAGCUCUUUGAGCAGAUCCUCAAGGCGGAAUAUGAGUUUGACUCGCCCUAUUGGGACGACAUCUCUGACUCUGCAAAAGAUUUCAUUCGGAAUCUGAUGGAGAAAGAUCCAAAUAAAAGAUACACUUGUGAGCAAGCCGCUCGGCACCCAUGGAUCGCUGGUGACACAGCCCUCAACAAAAACAUCCACGAGUCUGUCAGUGCCCAGAUCCGGAAGAACUUUGCAAAAAGCAAAUGGAGACAAGCAUUUAAUGCCACGGCCGUUGUGAGACACAUGAGGAAACUCCAUCUCGGCAGCAGCCUGGACAGUUCAAAUGCAAGCGUUUCAAGCAGCCUCAGUUUGGCCAGCCAAAAAGAUUGUCUGGCACCCUCCACGCUCUGUAGUUUCAUUUCUUCUUCAUCCGGGGUCUCAGGAGUGGGGGCGGAGCGGAGACCGAGGCCCGCCACUGUGACCACAGUGCACUCCGGGAGCAAGUGACUGGCUCUGGAGGUGGGGCCCAAGGGCGGGGCCGGGGAAGGGGGCCCCCACCGCCCCCGCGGGGCCGCCAGCGCCACCAGCCGCUCCAGAGUGAUCCCACCUUGCAUGGUGCGCCUUCCUGCACAGGACUGGAAGACAGAAGUUUUUUAUGGCCAUAUUUUAUACUGCAAUUCUGAAGUGUUCGUUUCUCACAAACUGUACUGACUCAAGGGAGCUGAUGUGAUAGGAUCUGGUGCUGUACAUAUGAAUCUUGCAAAGCUCUGAUAGAACGGACCUCCCUCGUCCUCUUUCCCAACCGUCGUCACUUCUGCUCUUCUAGGUGUGGGGAACCGUCUAUGUUGUAUUUUUUCAUUAAUGACAAAAAAGGUUUCAACUGGAUUAUUUAAGUCUUGGUAAAUAUUGCGCAUUAGGGUUUUAUUUUUUACCCUUUAAGAAACAUGCCCUUCUGAUCUUUACUUCUUAGUCACAUGACCUGUAUCUUUUGCUUAUCAGUAGUUGAGUUUUAUGUUAACCUUUAAGAGAGGUGUUUUUUUUUUUUUUUCCCUCCAAGGGGAAUGUAAAGGUAUUUUUAAAAAUUCUAAUAAGAGGAUCGAGAAUCUGUCUCCAAGGUGAAGAGUGCACUUUACUUCUAUUUUUUCCUCCUUCUCUCCCCUUCCCUGGAGAGGCAGCUCUUUAAGAAAACAACUCAGCAGUCCAGUGAGGCUGCCUUGUCUCCAGGGCCGCCUGGGGAGGGAACGUGCAGAAGACCUUUUCCAACACCCCCUCCAGUAUGCCCCUGGCCAACCAGAGACCCUAGGGGCCUUCACCGUCAGUGGUCAGAAAUAAAGAAGCCUGCUCCCCCAAGACUAAAGCUAAACUUCAGAGGCUUCACUUGCUGUGAAGGAGAUGCCCACCCAGCAAAGAUAUAAGAGCCUCCCUUCCAGAAGGAACCAGACGCCAUUUUGGUUAAAGGGAAUGUCUCACACAGCUUAUAUUUCUCACGAGGGUAACACAGAAAAGUCUGCUCUCAGCUAUGCAGUUUUAAAGUUAAUCUCUCUCGCGCUGUCUCUCUCUGUUUUUUAAAAAUGCAUUUCUAAUCUUACACUCAAAAUGGCCUCCAACUCACACAAGUUGUUUCUGCAGAUUUUUACCCUGUUCUUCUAUGAAUGUUACCCAGGCGAGGAGAGGGAAGUGGCCUUGGAAAAGAGUCCAUUUAUCUGGGGUGGUAAGGAGAGGUGACCUGCCAGGCAAGCAGGACACUGGCCAGCGCGGUGAUGGCCAGCCAGCACUUGCAGCCCUCCCUCUGACCGGGGCAGUCUGAAAACCAAAGACCGGUAGUGGUGGUGUCACCAAAGGUGCCAGUUGCCUGGGAUUUAAGAAUUUCUUGGGAAGUAGAACUUACAUUGCUAAAACUGGCAAUGUCCCAGGCAAAGCGGGCAGCGUUGUUUACCCAUGUGAUGCAUAGGUGUGCAGGGUAGAGCACGGCGUGAAACCCAGGGCAAACCACUUCCCAAGAGGGCUUUGAGGAUGCUCUCUUGCAGAGGCUUGCAGGUGGCUCCAAAUGCUAGGUUUGCAAAAGCCCUCCCUUGACCCCCUGCCCACCAUAAUACCAUGAGUCUGCAUUUCACACCGUCAGCCUCAAGCCUGCCAUGAGUCCCUGUAGGUCUGCCCGAUGGCCCAACAACUCUACUGGCUGUGGUCCUCCUGCCCUUCUCCUAUAGCUAGCCACAUUCAGCAGGUCCUGUUGGUCAAGCCGUCUUGUGGUCAAGCCACACCUAUGCCUGUGUCCAGGCCAAAUAUUUAGUGAUAGCCACGCCCCCCCCCCACACACACACAUACACACCAUGUUUCUAGGCUCAGCAGCUCCAUUCUGCCUCCAUUAGUAUGGCAGUGCAGGUACGUAUAAGAGCAGACAGGAAGACAGACAGCUGGUCUACCCUGUACCCAACAUGCAUCAUAUGCACCCAGCCCCUUGGCAGGAAUCCCACUUGGCAUCUGCCACACAUGCAUCCAGAGCGAAAAUCAGGCUGUCGCUCUUCACGAUUAAUAAAAAAACCUAAAAAAGUCUAUAAGAUGACCAUAGACCGAGUUGAGAAGCAGGUAUUGUGUGAGUUGGAUAAGUGUCAAUGCCAUGCCCGCAGAAGGAAAAUGGCAUGAAUAUUACAGAGUAUCAGAAAACUGUGGUCUCUCUCCAGGGGCUUUAUUAGGGUGUUGCUUAUGAACAAGUAUAAUGGAACGUUCCUGUUUCUACAGUACAAGAAAACAAGGAAUUAGAUGUAACAGGGUGAUAAUGUGCCCAAAUCUGGUACCUGUGAUGUGUGCCUGACUGGUUAUCCGUUCUUUGCACCUUGUACUAGGUGCAGUCAGUUGCAUUUGGAGGGCAACUUCUGAAGCCAAAUUCUCUCAUGGGUGAUUAGAUUAUUUCCUAGAGCUGAUAUUUGGGGUGUACCUUCUAUUCAAUUAGUUUGAAGGUAUGUCUCACCAAGAAGUGCAGAACAGGCAGGAGAUGAGGCCCUGUGGCCAGCGUCCUCUUUGUAGUUCAGAUGAGCCUGUGGCUGUGCUUGGCCUGGAAUGCGUCAACAACACAGUGUGAUGUGUAGGGACAGGUUUCAGCUCAAAAGCCAACUCUGUUGAACUUGACAUCAGGCAAAUCCAUUCUGUCGCAGUGCCACUGGACUUAGGUUAUUUCCUAUCGUUUUAGGAAGAGAGGAAAAUAAACCCAGAAUGUGCCUUUUGUUAAGACCUGCCGAGCGGGGUGGCUAAAUCCCGGGACCCUUGCUGAUGUCAGAUCCCGCCAGUCGUAGCUGAGCCUUUCAUACGUGCCCACAGCUUCCACUCACUGUGGAAGCCAGCAUGUGGCCGAGGCUAACAGAUGGCCACCAGCUCCAUCACAGGCUUCCUUUCAACCCCAGCCCCUCCCCCCACCAUUGGUCUCCUCAGCUUCUCAGAGCUAGUGGAUUUUUUUUUUCAUUUGAAUAUGACAUUUUGAACUAUCCUUGAGUGGUCUUUCUCUCAGCUGCCCUGUCUGUCCCUCCUCCUCUUCCCCACUUUUCAUCUCAUCAGUGAGGCAACAGGCAAAGCCAUCACUGGUCUGAAAUGAGCAGUGAGUGCUCGCCCACAUGGGGCCCCCACAUGACCAGCUGCUUUUUGCUCUUAAGUAGGGUACCCUGGGGUCUGGACUGCUCACUGCUUUCCCUCAGUGAGUACACUGCAGCCUGGGGUAUUGGGUUGGGAUGGGGUAAAGGCAGCUGGAUCUGAGAGGGCAGGAAAUGCCUACGGGGAGCACACAGGGCCACAGAAAGCCCUUGGGAAAAGAAGAAGGUGCCCAGAUAGAUUGACAACUAGUCCAGGACAGUGCAUGGCCAUUGUGGCAGCAGGUCUUACCAUCUCCUACUGCCUCUGACCCCAUAAGAGAACAGCAGGAUAAUGUUCCCCUUCAUGUCUCCUUUUUAAAGAAAAGAGCCAUGUAGAAAGCAUACCAAAAAACAAAUGAACAAACAAACAAACAAAAAACCAAAAAGCAUGUGUGGCUUAGUGUUGUUGACUAUGGCAAUGAUUCUGGUCACUUCUAAAAUCCCACCUCACAAGCAGGGAGCAGUUUCAUAUCCACACACAAGAGCUUAUCUCCUUUGAGAGGGUCCCACUCUCCAACUAGCUGUCAGCACAAUGUCCAAGGAACUCAGUAGUCCACCAUGGGGCAAAGCAAGAUGGCUUGGUCAAUGGGCAAGACUCUGGCACUUAGGAAGCAUUGGCCGUCUGAUGGCAGGGACUUGGCAUAUAACCCUCAGACUCAUUUACCUGCCAGGCACUGACCUCAUCCUGUUCAUUUACCUACCUUGGUGUCCAGCCUAUCCUGGAUGGGUUGUGGGUGGGAGAGGGGAACUCCCCUUUAGAACAAAGGUCAAGAACACCAGGGACAAAGGGGAGGGAGCCCAACUGACCCCUCCUGAAAGGGGGUUGACCCCCUCUCUCUCUCGAGGAGUGACAGCUUCAUCUGAUUUACCCAUUGGGAUUUGACAUUCUAUGAGUAAUUUUCAACAGAAAGAAAAGACCGUUUCCAGUGGGGAUGACUCAGCAUGUUAAGGCUCUGGCCACCAGGGCUCUGCGGCCCACCCAGAGCUUUAGGUAGGGUUGCUUCCUUGCACUGGAGAAGCCAGGCAGGAACCAUGGCCCCAGGGCUAGAGACAGGAGAGCUAGGGUGACUGCCUCUGUGUUACAGCCAGCAACACCCCCUCCUCUGUGUGACUCCCGGGGUUUCCUUUGGCUGUGCAAAAGGAAAGCAAGGGCCAGCAAAGGGCAGAUCCUCCCAUUUCAUAAGCAGAACUAAGAUGUACUCUUUCCCAGGGUCACACGCUCACUUCUGGCAAAUGAAACGAAGGCCCUCUGAUUCAACCGAUGCACGAAACCUUUGCAUGUUCUUCUGAACCAGUACUAUUCCGCGUUCUGUCCCCCCUCCCUCGGCAGAGUUUGCCUUUUCCUUAAACACAUUCCAGACCAAACACUGUUCAGUUUGUUUCAAAAAAAAGAAAAAGUGUAUACCUGUAUGGAACCCACCAUUUUUUGUGGGGAGGGGGCACCCGGCUGCAAACGUACCUGACAUUUGCACACAAGGGUUCCAACCCUUUGGUUUUCAGAGUUGAAAAUGUUGAGAUAGCAAAGGCGAAUUGGACCAAGUCCGAAAAGGGGGAGGGGGCUUAUUUCCUGAAGACCCCAAGAAAGGCAGCCUGCAGAUGAGCUAGCCUGAAGAGCUCUCCUGUGGACGGCGGGCAGGGAGGAGAAGGAGGAAGACAGAAGCCCAGGCCCCCUUCCGCCCCUACCGUCCUUGUGGCCCCAAGUGCAUCACGGUCCGCAGCCUGGGCGGGGGCGCAAGAGCCCGGCCCCACUGUGAAGUCGGCCCCGCAUGCCGGCCAAGGCCCGGCCCGCCGCCUGCUCCGUGCUGACCCCGACCCGAAGGAGCAGCAGCCCUUCCAGGCCGGCCUUCCCCACCACCUGCGGCUGCGGCUGCAGCGGCUCGGCUUUUGGCUCCGGGGGUGGGGGGGUGGGGGGCUCCGCUUCUGCAAACCCAAAGGCUGUGCAUUCAGCAGCCAAGCCCGCUGCAUGUGGCUGCCAGGUCUGGUUUCGUGGACAAAGUGUGGAAUGGCUUCUCGGUGUCUGUAUCUUUCUACACCAAAGGGACAAACUGUUCCGUUCACCCUUUGUACUUAUGCUGCUUCUGCAUUUGCCAGAUCUACUUUUAACCUUUUGGUCCCCAGGGAACUUCUCAUACAGUGAUUAUGUCUUCUGAUUAUUUACUGAAUUAUUUUACUUAGAGGUGAUUUUAUUUUCUUAUGGACAGGAAAAAAAAAAAAAAGAGGAGUGUGUGAGGCUUCGGUCAUAGAGAUGAGUCACCACCAGGGACCCCAAAGCCCCAAACACUAAGUAAAUUACUCCUCAAAGGGAAAUCUUCAUCUGGACAGACUGAGAUUGUCAGGCCAUCCUGCCAGCCUUGCACUUGACAAGGCAGGGGACGGGGCAGGGCGGGCAGCCGGGCUUUGCAGAGAGAGAAGGAAGGAACUGGAGCGCAUCGCUUGUUUGGACAUUGGUCAUACACACAGAGGCCUGUCCCCCUCCUUCCGGGGCCCUGGCAUCAGAGUCAUGACAUGCCAUCCAAUGAUAGCAGAGAGACUACAGCAUCUUUGUUUCAAAAGACGGGUGGCUUGUUUCAGAGAACAUUUAGCUGAGUGCCACAUUCAAGUUGGACGACAUAAAAGACACGUUCCGUCCAGAAUAAAAUUUGGAACAAUUUCUAAAUUGGCUGUAGUCAACUACACAUAAUGUCACUGCCCUUCUCGGAGCCCUCCCACCAGCGAGCGAGCAUGUUUUCCAAAAGCUUACAGCGACGAAUCCAGGAAUGUCCCUGCGUCUAUUAUUAUGAGGCUUGUGAUUGGUUCAAUUUUUCCAUAAAAAACACGUUCGUCCCAAAGAAGGGAAACUGUGCAUUUAUUCCAUGCAUGUAACACUCUGCAAGAAGUUUAACCCACCUAGGUUUGCGGCACUGCAAAAUUGUUCAUGGGCCUAUGUAGCAAAUGAUUCUCUGCCUUGACAAUCAUGUACACAUAUCAAGAUUUCUAUCAUAAUGAUAACGAGAUUGAUGACUUCUUGUUUUCCUCCAAUAAAGACAAUUAAUCACCUUCA